AAAGAAGACGAAUUCUCGCGAGACUGUAACAGGACAGUCCAUCCAUGCCAUGGUUUACCGGUCGUAAAGUGACUAUUUAAAUAUAAAUAAAUACUAUAGAAGCUUUGUCAGUGAUACACAGCUUUGCACGGAUUUGAAUAUGUAAAGCCCAAACAUUACAAUGUUGUCGCCAUCAUCUGUGAAGUUUCGGUUAUUUUUAGAGAUAAAUUAGAGAUGUUUACCGGUCGCUAGCAUGCUAACAGUUAGCCAAAUGCUAAAGCUAGCAUAGUCUGGGACAACGUUUUUCACAACAUUUACUGAAUAUUUAUCCCCGUUUCAAGUUUCUCUCAUUAGUAAGUGAACAAUGAAGUGUCAUUAUGAAAUCUUGGGAGUGAAACGGGACGCAGGAGACGACGAGUUGAAGAAAGCUUAUCGUAAAUUAGCACUGAAAUGGCAUCCAGAUAAGAACUUGGACAAUGCCGAGGAAGCGGCGGAGCAGUUUAAGUUGAUUCAGGCAGCGUAUGAUGUCCUGAGUGACCCACAGGAGAGAGCUUGGUAUGACAAUCACAGAGAGGCGCUGCUGAAAGGAGGACUGAGUGGAGACUAUGAAGAUGAUAGCAUCGACCUGCUGCAGUACUUCACGGUUACCUGCUACUCUGGAUACGGAGAUGAUGAGAAGGGCUUCUACACAGUCUACAGGAAUCUCUUUGAGUCUAUUGUUAAGGAGGAGAUGGAGCAUGGCAGGGUGGACGAUGAAGAAGAGGAGGAAGAGUUUCCUCCCUUCGGAGACUCUCAGAGUGACUAUGAUACCGUAGUGCACGUCUUUUACGGCUUCUGGCAGAGCUUCUGCACGCGGAAAAACUUUGCCUGGAAGGAGGAGUACGAUACGAGGCAGGCGUCCAACCGCUGGGAGAAAAGGGCUAUGGAGAAGGAGAACAAGAAGACCCGAGACAAGGCUCGAAAAGAGCGAAACGAGUUGGUGCGGCAGCUGGUGGCUUUCGUUCGCAAACGUGACCGGCGGGUCCAGGCCCACAGGAAGCUGGUGGAGGAACAGAAUGCGGAGAAGAUCAAGAAGAUGGAGGAGCUUAGGCGGAAGCAGAAGCUCAACCAGGCCAAACUGGCAGAGGAGUACAAGGAGCAGAGCUGGGCGGCCAUGUCUGAACUCGAGAAGGAGCUGCAGCAGAUAGAGGCUCAGUACGGAGAGGAGUUCGGUGAUGCAUCAGAGAGUGAGGAAGAAGAGCUGGAUAUGGAGACACGGGAGAAGACCAGUGAAGAAGGAAUAGAGCAGCCUGAUGGAGAGGAACUGAUCGACUAUUUUGAUGAUCUUUACUGCCCAGCCUGCGACAAAUCCUUCAAAUCAGAUAAAGCCAUGAAAAACCAUGAAAAAUCCAAAAAGCACCGGGAGAUGGUGGCGUUGCUUCGGCAACAGCUGGAGGAAGAAGAGGAUUCACUCGGUUUGAACGUGGACGAAAAGGAGGGAAGAGAGGAGGAAAAUGAGCAGGAAGAGGAAGAAGAAGAAAAAGAAGAAGAGGAGGAGGAGGAAGAUUUUUCUUUCCACCCAUACAGGCUCUCCAAAAAGCAAAAGAGGAAAAAGAAACAGCAGAAAGUAGUGCAUCAGAGUGCUCCAGAGGAGGAGGAGGAGGAGGAGAAACCAACGCUGACCACAUGCAAUGAAGAUGCCCCCGAGAAGUCAGCGGACCCCACAGAGCCCGAGCAGCAGGAUGAACUCCCUCCCACGGAAGCCAAGAGCUCCGGGAAGACAAAAGGAAAGAAGGGAGGAGGAAAAGACAAACCAAAGAAUGUCAAGUCUCACACAGGAGAACAAUGUCCUGAGAAGGAAGUAAACCUCCGAUGUGUGACGUGUAACUACGAGUUCCCCACCCGAAACAAGUUGUUCGACCACCUGAAGACCAGCGGCCACGCCUCCGCGCUCCACUCAAACGCCGCUCACAGCUCCGCGAGCAAGAGCAAAAAAGACAAAAAGAAGAACAGAUAACACAUCUUCAUCUGAACCUGAAAGAGUUUGACUCAGCAGGGAGGAAACGACGCUUUUGGGACGUCUGUCAGUAGGAAAAUAAAUAAACAGACAGACAACAAGCCUUUGAAAGUGGACUUUAAUGGACUGGAUUGGCCGACUGCGUGAAGAUAGUUUCUUAAAAUUACAUAAUAAUCGUGUUCAGUGAGACAACUGCGUAUGUGUGUGACACUGAGACUCUUUUUUUUUUAUGGCUGCUAUAACAAAGUAAUUCAGCACCAUUUUCCCCAUGACUUCUAAGAUCCUCUGAAUUGAUGAACCAGUGGUGAAAAACAUACAAGGCUGUGCACUGGAUACACAUUUAUCCCCAUUAUCAGAUCCUUUACUAUUUUAGGAAUGGUCUCCCUUGGUUACCGCAGCCAACAAUUAAGCUGUUUUUUUCCUAUCAUAACAUUAGAGGUGAUACUGCAUGUCGGUAUAAUUUGCAUUAAUGCCUCUAGUAACCACGUCUGAGAAUAAACUAUGUUGGAUGUGUCUGUAUCAAUCAUAUAACCACA